AUGUCCCAAGAAUUUCAACAACAUAUUAAUAAUAAAACUAAUAAGCAAAAAAUUAGAUAUUUAGAUAUCUUUAAUAAUGACCUAACCGGAGAAGCCAAUUUAAAAGACUUUACUUCUCUAACUUCUCUCAAUGCCUAUAACAACAAAUUAGAAAGCAUUGAAUUCCUAAAUUCUUUACCGAAUAAAGAGAAAUUACAGAGUAUUAACUUCUUUGGCAACCAAAUUAAAGAAGCCAAAAACCUCCAAAAUCUAACUAGCGAGCAGUUUAAUAAAUUAGUUGCCGGUAUGAAAGAUAAAAGUAUUCAAAUAAACUCCUACAAAAGCACCAUUUUAAUGGAUUUAUUGAAAUAUACUCAGCAUUUAAUUAAAAGUGGUGAUAAUUCCCAAAGACAACAGGCUCAUGAAUUACAAGCGAUUAUUCAAAAUAGUUCAGUGAAGAGCGAACAAGAGUCGAAUAAUUCUAAAACCCCUUUACUAAUUGGCGGAGGAAUAAUUUUAGUUAGUUUAGCAUUAGGAAUUG